GCCUGCGUGGUUCGAGCGUUCUAGUAUGGGGCCGUUCUGGAGAUCGUUGCGAUUACUAAGGAUGAUUGGGGCGUCUUCCCUGCGGGCUAUCAGCUCCUCCAGUCUAUCUGCACUCCCAAAGAAGGUUAAAAUCGUGGAGGUCGGCCCUCGAGAUGGUCUGCAAAAUGAAAAGUCUAUUGUACCUGCUCAGUUGAAAAUCAGGCUGAUAGACAUGUUGUCUGAGUCAGGACUCCCUGUCAUCGAAGCCACCAGCUUCGUGUCUCCCAAGUGGGUGCCCCAGAUGGCAGACCAUGCUGAAGUCCUGAAGGGCAUCAAGAAGUUUCCUGGCAUCCGCUACCCAGUCCUGACCCCCAAUCUCACAGGCUUCCAGGCAGCGGUUGCUUCAGGGGCCGAGGAAGUGGCCAUAUUUGGGGCUGCCUCGGAGCUCUUCACCAAGAAGAACAUUAACUGCUCCAUCGACGAGAGCCUGGAGCGCUUUGAGAAGGUCCUGAGUGCGGCCAGAGCCGCCAACAUUCCUGUCCGAGGGUAUGUGUCCUGCGUGCUUGGAUGCCCGUAUGAAGGGAAAAUCUCCCCAGCCAAAGUAGCUGAGGUGUCUAAGAAGCUAUAUUCAAUGGGCUGCUAUGAGAUCUCUCUGGGGGACACUGUUGGCGUGGGCACCCUGGUUGGCAUGAAGGAUAUGCUGUCUGCGGUCAUGAAAGAGGUGCCAGUGAGUGCCCUGGCCGUCCACUGCCAUGACACCUAUGGACAAGCCCUCGCCAACAUCUCAAUGGCUCUUCAGAUGGGAGUGUCUGUGGUGGAUUCCUCGGUUGCUGGGCUUGGGGGCUGCCCAUAUGCUAAGGGUGCAUCAGGAAACGUGGCAACAGAAGACCUUCUGUACAUGCUGAAUGGACUGGGGAUCGAAACGGGGGUGAGCCUUCCGAAGUUGCUGGAAGCCGGAAAAUUUAUCUGCCAGGCCUUGAAUAGAAAAAGCAAUUCCAAAGUGGCCCAGGCCACUUUCAGCUCCAGGCUGUGACUUCCCUGCUUCUGCCCUGCCUUCCCCAACAGGCUGGGCUAGCCAGACCCCAGCAGCCACCCCGGACCUUCAGAACAAAUCCUGCUUUCUGUUUACCACAUGAAGGGACACACUGACAAUAGCCCAGAAAUGGUAGUGCCAGGGCUGGGGGAUGCCAAAGAAAAGGAAUUGGGAACUGACCUCUGUAGGAAAUCAAAUUCAGUUCAGUACACAUGGCUGGAAAAGCUUCCCUCAGGUAAGCUGGACGAAUUGGGUCAGAGGAAGAGGCCCCAGAUCCUCCCCAUGAAGAGGCUUAUGAAUCUGGAAGUUUUCCUGGUCCAUUUUCCAUCAUCUUUGACCCUGAGAAGAAGGAUGUCCUGGAGGGUGCUAGGAGAAGGCCUUCUCACUGUAUCCUGCUUCCCUGAAGAUCUUCUUGGCUUCCCCUCUUAAGAGCCCAACCUUUCCACCCAAGGCUUUGAUUUUGAUUACUGACACCCCCAGUUGCCAUCUGUUAUCUGGGGAUGGAAAGGGCUUUGGUCCUGCUGAAGAUUAAAUCCUUCUUAGGAUUUCCUGAAGGGCUGCUGCCUGGUGCCAUCCUGCCAAUCGCAGGACUGUGAUAUUGGAAACCCUCAGAUGCCAUUCUCUACCUGGAAAUGAUUUUUAAAUGUAUAUCUCUCAUCAAUGUAAAUAAAAGGUAGAAUGCCAGUGAGCCUGCA